AUGAAAGCUAUAAUAUCAGUACCUAUAACCCUUAUUAUGGUCUACCGGGCCUGGUCUCACGCAUCACUUACGCCAGCCGGAAUUGUAGCCGCCGCCCUAACAGCUGCUAUACACGCACUUCACCCGUGGAACCUACCAUUCGCCCUCCUCGUCAUCUUCUUUCUAGCAGGCACUCGAGUGACUAAGGUUAACCAUGAGUUCAAGUCUAAGUUAACGAUCCUAGAAUCGGUAAAAAGCGGCGCUGGCGUCGGGAGGACCCACAUACAAGUAUUUGCCAACUCAGGGGUCGCCUCGGUCCUCACUUUACUCCACACUUAUUUUUUGUCCCAAAAUAAUCCCACGACCAGCCCUAACAAAUGCCUUCCCUGGCCAACUGACCUUUUAACUCUGGGUAUAAUUGCAAAUUACGCCGCUGUAGCAGCGGACACAUUUAGCUCUGAGCUAGGAAUUCUUUCAAAGUCACAGCCGCGACUAAUUACAUCGUGGAAUUUACGAAAAGUUCCACCAGGAUCGAACGGUGGGAUCACGCUUCUUGGUAUCGCCUCGGGAUUUCUUGGAUCUUUCAUCAUAUCAACAGCUUCGAUAGCCUUACUGCCACUCUGCCACUACAUGCACAAAGAGGCCGGAAAGGAAAUUCCGACAGGAUGGUCUCAAAUAAAUAAGCUUAAAUUUAUAAUUGCUAUGACAAUGUGGGGAACAAUGGGCAGCAUCUUAGAUAGUGUACUGGGAGGAUUAUUACAGCGGACUGUAGUGGAUGCUAAAUCUGGUAAAGUUAUUGAGUCGGUAGGCGGUCUAAGCGUAGAUGUCGUAGCGCAGAUGAAGACUCGACCAGUACCAGAAUCUACUAAGCCUUACCGAAAAGAGUUCACGGAACCAGAAAUCUCUGGGCCAGGAGUAUCCAUCUGGGAUUCAGCAAAGGCUUUGCAAGGGAAGAGAGGCCAAAAACCCGAAAUCAAGGAGAAAAAGUUGAGCCAAGCCCCCGGUAGAUUGGUGACAAGCGGCUCCCUAGCAUUACUAGACAACAACCAAGUCAAUUUACUCAUGGCACUCACAAUGAGUGUAGGUGCUAUGCUGCUGGGGCGAAUUUUUGGAGAUAUACCCGUCAGUAUUUAG